AUGUCUGCCUUUAACGCCUCCAACGUUGACCUGAACACGGCGAGCAAGGAAGAUGUACUGUGCUUCCUUGCCCUGUCAGACAAUGACUAUAACGGACAUCUCGGUGCACGCAUCUCUUCGAUCUUUGUGAUCUUAUUCGUCUCGUCCGCAUUUACCUUCUUUCCCGUCGUGGCAAAAAGCUUGCCGUCUUGGAAAAUCCCCUUUGGUGUCUACCUAUUCGCCCGUUAUUUCGGUACUGGUGUCAUCGUCGCAACAGCUUUCAUCCACCUCCUAGACCCAGCAUAUAAGCGAAUCGGACCAAAGACUUGCGUCGGAGAAUCUGGCUACUGGGGCGAAUAUUCAUGGUGUGCGGCAAUCGUGUUAGGAUCAGUCAUGGUCAUCUUCCUCAUGGACCUAGCAGCUGAAGUCUAUGUCGAACGCAAGUACGGUGUACACAGGGACGAGGACGCCACGGGGGCCUUUAUCCAAGGUGGACACCAAAGUGCAGCGGUAGCCCACAACGCAUAUGAUCAGGAGAAAUCCAUGCCAUCAGAGCAGGCAACUCCCGCCUACAGAUCAGACAGUGAAUCAGCAACGGCAGAGCGAUCUUUCAAGCAACAGAUCGCGGCAUUCCUUAUCCUCGAGUUCGGUAUUAUAUUCCACUCCGUGAUCAUCGGAUUGAACCUCGGCGUCACAGGCUCUGAAUUCGCAACACUGUACCCAGUUCUAGUGUUUCACCAGUCCUUCGAGGGCCUUGGCAUCGGUGCAAGAAUGUCGGCUAUCCCCUUCGGCAAACAUACCUGGCUGCCCUGGAUUCUCUGUGCGAUGUAUGGGCUUACCACGCCGAUCUCAAUCGCAAUCGGUCUCGGCGUUCGUACCACCUAUAACCCCGGUUCUAAAGUGGCACUGAUUGUGCAGGGCGUGUUGAACGCUAUCUCCGCCGGUGUUCUUAUCUACAGUGGGCUUGUGGAACUGUUGGCUCGUGACUUUUUGUUUGAUCCAGACCGCACGAAGCGACGAAGCCAACUUUCGUUUAUGGUCUUUUGUACCCUGUUAGGUGCUGGCAUUAUGGCUCUCAUUGGGAAGUGGGCCUAA